GAACCCUCAAUGAUAUUUAUGCAUGAGUGAGAUCAUAAUAAAAAGGAAAAAACAUUACUAAUAUUUCUAUUCUCCAAUCUUCCUUAUUUAUACAUUUGAUAUAGUACCAAUUUGUUAAUUUCUUCUAUCUUAUCUUAAUUUUCCAUUUUCCAUGGAUCUUCUUCCGGACCUCCCUAAUGAUAUUGCUCUCGAAUGUCUUAUUCGUCUUCCUCUCGAUCAAUUCUCAAUAGCUUCUUCUGUAUGCAGCAACUGGAAACGCGAAAUUAAACACCCCGCCUUUCUCCAACGACGAAAAGACUCGGGUCUUAACCGACCCGUUUUCGCAUUGGUCCAAGCCGUUGUUACUGCCAUCACCCAACCUAGUGGUACUAUCAACCUUUCCUCUACUCAGUUCUAUCGGCUCGCGCUUUAUGAUCAGGAAAAGGGAAGCUGGUAUGAUGUGCCGCCGAUACCGGAGUUGGUUGAUGGGUUGCCAAUGUUCUGCCGGGUUGUCGGAGUCGGGUCGGAGUUAGUGGUGAUAGGCGGGUGUGACCCGGUUACUUGGCGGGUUAUGGAUUGCGUUUUUAUAUACAGUUUCAUAUCGGGUACGUGGCGACGCGGGGCGGACAUGCCGGGAGAUCAGAGGCUGUUCUUCGGGUGUUCGUCGGAUUCGAAGAGAUUUGUCGUUGUCGCCGGCGGGCAUAAUGACGAGAAAAAUGCACUGAGGUCGGCUCUGUUGUAUGACGCGGCGGGAGAUGAUUGGAUAACGCUGCCGGAGAUGGCUGUUGAAAGAGACGAGUGUAAGUGCGUAUUUUAUCAUGGUACAUUCCACGUCAUCGGUGGCUAUCCUACGCACGCACAAGGUCAAUUCCAGCGAAGCGCUGAGGUGUACGACACCGCCACGCGGCAGUGGGGCCUCGAGGAGGACUUCCUGUGUGCUGACACGUGUCCCCAGACCUGCAUUGCGGGUGGUGACGGGAGACUACUGUACAUGUGCCUAGAUGGUGGCGUGGUCUCAAGGUGCGAUGCCACGUGGAGACACGUGGCGAGACUGCCAGCUGAGAUAUCCAACGUGGCGUACCUGACAGCGGGGCAGGGGAAGUUGUUAGCUGUGGGAAAUUCAAGAUUUGGUGAACUCCACAGUAGAUAUGAACUUGAUCCAAUUAGUGAUGGUAAAGAGAAGUCGUGGAGAAAACUGGACACACCAGAUGAAUAUCGUGGCCAUGUUCAAUCAGUUUGUUGUUUAGAGAUAUGAAAUUGUCAAAAAAAGGUAGUGCUUAUUUUUCUUGUUUUAGAUCUUUUCUCUUGUGUUUGUGGAUAUUCUUAGGUCAUAAAUAAUAUUUGAGAUUUUGUA